CCCUGAAGAGGAGCUGGAGGACAGUCCUCAAGCCCUGUCUGCGCUAGGUAAAGGAGAGCCAGCCACGCCACUUGCUUUAGCCUAAAACCAUCCCCCCCAAACCCCGGAGAGACACUGGUGGUUGAACUGGUUUUCCAGAGGCAGCAUGGACAUCAAGGAGUAUUUCACCAGAAUUUCUUACCGGGGCUCCUACGAUAAGCCAGACCUGGCUACCUUGACGGAUAUAUUCCAGCACCACGUCCGAGCGGUUCCUUUUGAAAACCUCAGCAUCCACUGUGGGGAAAGCAUUGAGCUGGACCUGGAAGUGACUUACAACAAGAUAGUGAGGAAGAAACGCGGGGGCUGGUGCAUGGAAAACAACCACCUUUUAUCUUGGGUCCUGAAAACCCUCGGCUACGACGUCACCCUUCUGGGAUCAAAAGUUUAUGUCCCAGAGUACGACGCGUAUGCAGAUGAAAUCGAUCAUCUGCUGCUAAAAGUGGUGCUUGACGACAAGUCCUACAUCGUGGACGGCGGGUUUGGGAUGGCCUACCAGAUGUGGCAGCCAAUGGAGCUGAUUUCGGGGACAGACCAGCCGCAGACUCCUGGGGUCUUUCGCUUCCUGGACGAGAGCGGGGUCUGGUACCUCGAGAAGGUGAAAAGGAAGCAGUGGGUUCCCAACCAAAGCGUCUCCACUUCCCAUAAUGUGGAAAAAGAAGUUUGCCGUCGGGUUUAUCUCUUUACCCUUCAGCCACGAGACAUCGAAGAGUUCAGAUCCCCCAACGCUCACCUGCAGACAGCGCCUGACUCUCUGUUUGUGACAAAGUCUAUCUGCAGCCUGCAGACCGCUGACGGUGUCCGGGCUCUGGUGGGGUGGAAACUCACCGAGAUAAAGUACAAUUAUAAGGAUAAUAUGGAUCUGGUGGAAAUCAGAAUCCUUGCAGAUGAAGAAAUAGAGAAAACACUGAAAGAGAAAUUCAAUAUAACACUAGACAAGAAAUUUGUACCCAUCAAUACAAGCAGGUUGUCUCUGUUUUAACUCACUGCCUCAAUUAUAAUUCAAUCCAGUGGCAUUACAUGCAAUCCUUUCCCCCUAUUUCUGACAAGCAUCUAAAGGUUAAGCUUUCUCUUUCCAUCUACACCAGUGUAAGGCAGAACAUAUUAGCAUGAAUCUGGAAAAGAAAUUGAUUUUCACAACUGCUCCUGCAUCUCUUUUUGGUUUGGGUACAACUAAUUUCUUCCUAGCUCAAUCAAAUCACUCCCCUUCUCUUUGUGCUUAGCUGGAAGCAGACUCUGCCCAUUCCCUACUCCUUUCAUCUCUUAAAAGCUUUUCCAAAUACAGGCAGAGUAGCAGGGCAGAGCAACGGAGCUGUAUGUCUCUUUCUUUAUGAUUUUGCGCUGCCACGUGGGGAAAAUCAUACCCACUCUUAAAUGAAUACCAUAUUAUUUUUGGAAUUUAAUAGCUAGAAAAACAAAGACACCAGUGCGGAGUUUGCUACAGUUAAGCCAUAAGCCUGUCCUUUUUGCUCUUGCAUUCACAACACCCUCUCACGCGGCAGUCGGACAGUCCCACGCCUGUGCUGCACUGUGCGAACACUUAUGGACGGGCUAUUUAUGGCCUAAAACUGAUGACGAGAAAUAUUAGUGGACAAUUCUGCCUUGUUUCAGACUUUACACGACUCCUGUUCUCUCAGUGGCAUAACCAAAAAGCAGUAUUUCUUUGAACUGAAAGUAUCUCCCAUGCAUUUUUUUUGCUCCCACCCAGCAGCGGACUGCUGGGAAUACAUAAGAGUGCUACUCUUCUCCGAGUGUUAUUGCACGUUAGUUGUCAUGGCUGAACUCAAACACAUGCGCAGAAUUAUUUUUCUGAAACAUAUCUGUUCUACUGAGGAUGUGUUUGCAGUGAUACUAAUUAUAUUGAUAUAAGGAGAAAUGAUGAAUCUUAAUCAGAUACCUAAAGGGUAAGAUUUUUAAUAUGAGAAAUUACUCAAAUGUAAUCACUUUGCCCUUUGAGAUGAUGCUUGAUGUUCCUUUAUGUACAAAUCAUGGAAGUAUUACAACUAUGCACUUAUAAUUA